CCCGCUCGAACCUGCUCGAACAUUCCGCCGAUGCGAAGAGAGAUAUAAAGCGCGCUAUCACGUUGAGAUCCUACAUAUAAGCCCUGGAAAGCAAGGCGCACACAAGUGGAGCAAACUACCACGAAGCUAUGUCGCAAACCGAAUUAGACCGAACGGCUGUGAAGAAUUUCCGCGAGUACCUGCGGAUCCCGUCGGUGCACCCGGACAUCGAUUACGAUGAGUGUGUGGCAUUCUUAACUAAACAGGCGGCAUCCCUCGACUUGCCGAUCAAAGUCUAUCACGUACAUCCCAAGAAGCCGAUUGUAGUUUUGACAUGGGUGGGAACGGAACCGACGAAAUCAUCGAUUCUCUUGAACAGUCACAUGGACGUUGUACCUGUCUUCGAGGACAAAUGGACCUAUCCGCCAUUCAGCGCUCACAUGGACGAGCAGGGCAACAUCUACGCUCGCGGCAGCCAAGACAUGAAGUGCGUGGGAAUACAGUACUUGGAGGCGAUUCGCAGAUUGAAACUGAAAGGACAACGCUGUCAACACACUAUCCACGUCUCUUUCGUUCCAGACGAAGAGAUAGGUGGUGUUCUGGGAAUGAAAGCUUUUGUGCGCACCGCCGACUUCAAAGCUCUGAACGUCGGUUUUGCGCUGGACGAAGGUGCCACUAGCCGAUUCGAGGAAUUCUUUAUGUAUUACGGAGAAAGGUCGAUGUGGCACGUCGAAAUAAAGUGCGCGGGCAAUCCCGGUCACGGGUCAAUUAUGCUGGACAACACGGCUGGGGAAAAAUUGAGAGUCGUAAUCGAUCGCUUCAUGGACUUCAGAGCCUCCGAAAAAGCGAAACUCACUAAAGAUUCUGCAAAAUUGGGUACUGGUGGCAGUGUGACGUCUGUGAAUCUUACGAAAAUUUGGGUAGGUAUCACGGAAAUAUAGUUUUCGCUAAAAAAU